UACAAAGCACACAAACUCUUCAAACAUUUCCCAUUUCAUCUUAGCUUACACUUGCCGCUGCAAACACACAUUUCCUCUCAGAAAAAUGGAUCAAUAACUCAAAACAUAACCACUGCAUGGAUGAUGAUACGAUCAACAUUCAUCCUCAAACACUCCACACAUGAAUCCACCAUCAAGUUCAAAUCUUUAUUCUCAUAUCUCCACUCCCCUGUUUCCCCAUCACAAUCUUUAUCCUCACCAAUUCAAGAACAAGAACAAGAUUUCACAUCUAAUUUACUCACCCUUUUAUCUUCACCCAAUUGGCAGAAAAACCCAUCUCUCAGAUCCAUCAUUCCAUCAAUCUCCCCAUCAAAAAUCACUUCUUUUUUCACCAAGAACCCUAAUUUGAACCCACACACAACUCUCUCUCUUUUCAAUCUUUUGUCACAAAGACCCAAUUUUAAACCCAGUGUUGAGUCUUUUGCAUCAUUGCUAACGAUCUUGAUCAAGAAUCAGUUUCUGGGUGCAGCUGAAAAGAUCAGGAUUUCGAUGGUGAAAGCUUGUGAAACAGAGGAGGAUGCAAGGUUUGUUUUAGGGUUUUUGAGGAGAAUGAAUGUUGGUAAUCAUGAUGAAGAGGUUAGGUUUAAGAUUAGUGUUAGGUGUUAUAAUACAUUGCUUAUGUGUUUGUCAAGGUUCUUGAUGAUUGAUGAUAUGAAAUGUGUGUUUUUAGAGAUGUUGGAUGAUGAAAUUGUACCGAAUAUAUACACGUAUAAUUCGAUGGUGAACGGGUAUUGUAAGUUGGGGAAAGUUGAUGUGGCACGUUUGUAUGUGGGUAAGAUCGUUCAAGCUGGGCUUACGCCGGAUACGCAUACUUACACGUCACUGAUUUUGGGACAUUGUAGGAGUAAAGACGUUGAUAGCGCGUAUAAGGUGUUUGAUGUAAUGCCUAAGAAAGGGUGUCAGAGAAAUGAGGUUUCUUAUACCAAUUUAAUACACGGGUUUUGUGAAGAAGAGCGAAUUAACGAAGGUCUAGAUUUGUUUUACAAAAUGGGCGACGAUAAGUGCUCCCCCACGGUUCGUACGUUUACUGUUUUGAUUUCUGCGUUAAGUAGGUUAGGUAGAACAAACGAAGCAUGGGAGUUGUUUGAAGAGAUGAAUGAAAGAGGUUGUGACCCGAAUGCUCACACGUACACGGUUCUUAUUGACGGAUUGUGUAAAGAUAGAAAGGUGGAUGAAGCAAGAAAGUUAUUAAACACGAUGGAAGAAAAACGGGUGGUUGGGACAGUGGUGGCAUACAACGCUUUGAUAGACGGAUAUUGUAAGGAAGGAAAGAUCGAGAACGCAAUCGAGUUGUUUGAAAACAUGGAAAGGAAAGAAUUAAAACCGAACGUUCGUACUUACAACGAGUUGAUUGGUGGCUAUUGUAAAGUUGGUCACAUUCACAAAGCUAUGGCGUUACUUGAUAAGAUGACGAAGAUGAAAUUAUCGCCUACCGUUAUGACCUACAAUUUGCUAAUUAAUGGAUAUUGUAAGCAUAAUGAUGUCGAUAAUGCUUAUAGGUUGAUUAAUCUAAUGAAAGAGAACGGUGUUGUUCCUGACGAGUGGACGUACAGUGCCUUUAUACAUACUUUAUGUAGACGAGGGAGUGUAGAAGAAGCUCAUGAAUUGGUAAAUUCUCUAAACGUGAAGGGCGUAAACGUAAAUGAAGUUAUCUUUACAACUCUUAUAGAUGGAUAUCUCCAACUUGGGAAAAUCGAUAGCGGGUUGACUUUAUUCAACAAAAUGAUUAGUAGUGAUCGCUUACCGAAUUCUUGGACGUAUAAUGUGCUGGUUCAUGGCUUGUGUAAAGUCGAUCGGAUUCAAGAAGCUUCGGUUUUUAUAGGAAAGAUGAUAAAGAUAGGGUUCAAACCGGACAUUACUACAUACACGAUUUAUAUCGAAGGGUUAUUAAAAAGAUUCGAUUUUGUUGAUGCCCGUAAGCUUUUUUUCGAAAUCGUUUAUUCUGGAUUGAAACCCGAUGUUUGUACAUACACUUCGUUUAUUCUUGCAUACUGUAGUCAAGGGAUGGUCAACGAGGCAGAAUAUAUGAUGAAUAAAAUGUUGGAAGAAGGAGUCGAACCAGAUACCGCAACGUAUACGAUUUUCAUCGAUGCGUAUUUUCGUGCGGGAAAGUUAGAUUCCGCCUUUGAUGUUUUAAAACGUAUGAUGGAUGCUAAAUGCGAACCGUCUCACCAUACAUACGCUAUUAUAGUGAAGCACCUUUUAGUUUUACAACAAAAGGAAACCGUAAAGAUGGAAACUUUUGAUCUCAAUAUUGAUAACGUGUGGAAACUAAUGGAUAUAGAGACCGCUAUGGAUCUGUUUUCGGAAAUGGUUAAACGUGGUUGCGGACCAAAUGUCAAAACGUUCGAGGCGUUAACCGUUGGGCUUUGUAAAGAAAACCGACUCGAAGAAGCGUGUAGAUUGGUUAGUCAUAUGUUAACGAUCGGGCUUUAUCCAAAUGAAAAUAUAUACACUUCUCUAGUAAACUGUUCGUGUUACUUGCGAAUGUAUGACCAAGCGUUGACCUUACUAGAUACUAUGAUUGAACAUAGGAUCUUACCUCAUUUAGAGUCGUACAAGUUGCUGAUUUGCGGGUUAUACGAUGAAGGUGAACAUGAAAAGGGUAAGGAAGUUUUUUGUAGUUUGAUUGACGGGUAUAAAUACAAUGCGGAUGAAGUUGCUUGGAAGAUUUUUCUCGACGGGUUGUUAAAACGAGGGCUGCGUAACGAAUGCUCUCAGCUCGCUGAUGUCAUGGAGGAAAAGGGUUGUUGUUUGAAUCCGCAUACGACUGCAACGUUAGUUGAGAACAUGGGUGAUUGAACACGUUAACGGCAAGAGAUCUUGAAUUUUGAUGUAUGCACUUAUCGUUUUGGGAUCUUCGGGUUGUGUGAGGAGAAUGAAGAUGUGAUUGUGGGUCCCGUUUGAUGAAAGGAAAUACGGGGCCCGUAAAGUGAGGGACGGGUUGAACCAAAGGUGAAGGCGAAGUUCGUUAUAAAGUUUGCUGUUCUUUGCAACACAUGAGACGGGAUCUCAUUCAUCCAAUCUUGACAAGAUUUUUCGAGGUUAGCAAAUUUAUACAUAUUUGUAAUCAUGUAUUAAUUUUGUGAAUUGAAAAGAGAAUCAUUAACAUACAAGAUGUAUGAAAAUAAACACAAAACAUAAGCAGAAUGUUAUUGUGUCUCAUUAAGUCGGUUUUGUACUACCAAAUACUAGAGGUGACAAUUUUGGACCGUAAUAUACAAAUGGAUCGGUUUGGUUUA